AUGAAAAAAGAAAAUGGUGUUUAUUCGUUGACAAUUCAUGGUUGUACAAAAGAUAUGACUGGUACCAUUAAAUGUGUUGCAUAUAAUAAAGCUGGUGAAGCAACGGUUCAAGGAAAUCUUACUGUUUUAACACCAAUACCGGUGGAAUUUGAAACAUCACUCUGUGAUGCUGUAUGCCGUGAAGGUGAUACAUUGAAAUUGAAAGCUGUUUUAAUGGGUGAACCAACUCCACAAGUUUCAUGGUAUGUGAAUGGAAAAAAAUUAGAAGAAUCACAAAAUAUCAAAAUACAUGCAGAAAAAGGAACAUAUACUGUUACAAUCAAAAAUAUCACAUCAUCACUUUUGGUAUUACCACGAGGUGAGCCACCAGAUUUCAUCGAAUGGCUUAGCAAUGUGAAAGCACGACAAGGGUCAAAGGUUACCCAUAAGGUAGUUUUUACGGGUGAUCCGAAACCAAAUCUUACAUGGUAUAUUAAUAAUGAAGAGAUAAAAAACAGUGAUGAAAUCACUAUUGUUACGGAUGAUAACACAUCAACGUUGGUGAUCAAAAAUUUCAAUCAAGAUAAGCAUACCGGUGAAAUUAUUUGUAAAGCUGAAAAUGAUGCCGGUGAAGUGUCAUGUACAGCUAGCAUGGGGCCGUAUACCUCAGAUAUGUUCUCGGAAUCACAGACGGAAUCUGAAGCAAUGGCCGAAGAAGUGCUUAACUUUGAAGAAGGUCCAGAAUUCGGUACGGAAGCAGAUUCCAUGGAAGAAUUUCAACGUACGCCAACACCAAUUAUGGCUCCGAAAUUUAUUACUAAAAUUAAAGAUACACGAGCAGCACGUGGACAUCAAGCAAUCUUCGAGUGUGUUGUUCCAGAUACUAAGGGUGUUUGUUGCAAAUGGUUAAAAGAUGGACGUGAGAUAGAGUUAAUUGCAAGAAUUCGUGUACAAACUCGAACCAUAGAAGGUCAUGUAAGCAGUGAACUGAUCAUUGAUGACGUUGUACCGGAAGAUGCUGGAAAAUAUACCGUUGUGGUGGAAAAUUUUGCUGGCAAAGAUUCUUGCGAAGCAACAUUAAAUGUCAUCGAAGUGCUUAUGAAACCGGAAACGUAUGCACCGGAAUUUGUUGUCGCUAUACAAGAUAAAACAUGUAAUGAAGCGGAAGAAGUUGUUUUCGAAUGUAAAGUAAUCGGUGAACCGCAACCAACAAUUUCUUGGUUCCAUGAAAAGACUCCGCUAGUUGAAGAAACGAGUAAAACGAUCAUUGAAUCAGAAGGUACCAUACAGCGGUUAGUUAUCGUUUCGGCUGAUGUUGUUGAUCGAGGACAGUACAUAUGUUUGGCUGAAAAUAUUGAAGGGAAAGCAGAGUCAAAAGCAACGCUUACUGUAUUGGCUGAAGCACCACAAUUUACCCGUCACAUCAGUUCUAAAGAAGUAAGCAUAGGUGAGAAAGUAAUUUUGAAUUGUUCCGUUAAAGGUUCACCACAACCAACCGUACAAUUCUUUCGGGAAUCCACCCGAAUUAUUUCGGAUUCUCAUCAUUCCAUUGAACAUGAUAUUUCUAAUGUACAUUGGAGAUUAGUAAUUGAGAAAGCGGAAGAAUCUGAUUUCCGGAAGUAUCGUGCUAUUGCUAUCAAUUCUGUCGGUAUGGUAGAAUCGGAAGCGAUAAUUAAGGAGAAAGAAACAAAUCGAAAACCUGAAUUAACUGAAGUAUUAAAGAAUCGAAAGGUUACUGAGGGUGAUGAAAUCAUUAUGGAGGUGAAAUUUUCCGGUAUUCCACUACCAGAUGUUAAAUGGUUCAAAGAUAGCAAGGAAAUCGUGGAAGAAAAAGAAAAAAUCACAAUAAAAACUGAAAAAGGCCAGUCUACAUUGAUCAUUAAAAAUGCGAAACCGGAAGAAGCUGGAAGUUACCGGGUUGAGCUGGUCAAUUCGGAGGGUAAGGAGGCGUCAAGUGCCGAAGUUACCGUGGAAUCGGUCGCUGUACCACCAAAAUUCCCAGAAAUGUUGACUGAUUUAGAAGUUCAUGAACUAGAAAGUAUCGAAAUGAAGGUAGCUGCAACUGGAGUACCUACACCUGAGAUACAAUGGUUCAAAGAUGGUGCGCCGGUGCAAGUCAAUAGUGAACGAGUAUUCGUUCGAGAAACCGAAACCGGUCAACAUAUUCUAACCAUUAAGCAGGUCCAGUUAGAAGAUGCUGGUGUUUAUUCGUGUAAAGCAUCUAAUAAAGCGGGUUCUGAAGAAUGUAAAGCAAAAUUUGUGGUACUUGAACUUCAACAAGCACCAAAGUUCACCAAACAAUUAUCCGAAAUCACGGUAAAAGAAGUCGAAACUGCUGAACUUGCAGUUACAGUAAGCGGAAAACCGAAACCAGAAGUUUGCUGGAUGAAGAACGAUGUACCUAUAAAUAUUGAUAAUGUUCAUUUUGCAACCAAACAAGAUGAAAAUGGUAAUUAUACCUUAGUAAUUAAGGAAGCUAAAUUAGAAGAUGGUGGUAUUUACUCUUGUAAAGCUUACAAUAAAAUCGGUGAAACGGAAACCAAAACUUUAUUUGCAGUAGAGCAAGAAAAUGAAUUACCACAGUUUUCUGAAGGGUUGAAAGAAUUUUCGGUAGAGGAAGGUGAAACUGCGGAAUUAUCGGUAACAGUUGUUGGAAAACCAACACCUGAAAUAGCAUGGUAUAGAGAUGGAGUUCCGGUAAACAUUGAUAACAAGGAUAUUCUGGUGAAGAGAGAUGAUGCAGGGCAUUUUACAUUGGUCAUCAAGGAAGCUCGCUUAAAAGAUGCAGGUGUUUAUUCAUGUAAAGCUACCAAUGUAGUUGGAAGUGCUCAAACUGAAGCUAAAUUUGCAGUUGAAGAAACCGUUGAAGUACCAAAAUUCAUUGAAACUCUACAAGAAAUUUCGGUGCAAGAGAAUGAAACAGUACAACUGUCGGUUACGGUAGCUGGAAAACCAAUACCUGAGGUAGUAUGGUUAAAAGAUGGUGUUCCAGUUAACAUUGAUAAUGUGCAUAUUUUAGCAAAAAAAGAUGAACAAGGACAUAAUACGUUGAUAAUUAAAGAAGCUCGACUGGAAGAUAUGGGUAAUUAUUCUUGUAAAGCUGUUAAUUUAGCUGGUACCGAAGAAACAGAAGCAAAAUUAGCUGUUAUUUCGGAAUUGAUACCACCAUCAUUUACAGAUGAAAUUGGUGAAUUAGAAAUACAAGAAGGUGAUAAAGCAGAACUUCAAUGUACCGUUAUUGGCAGUCCAAAACCAAUGGUAGAAUGGAUGAGAAAUGGUAUUGUGAUAAACAUUGAUAACAAUCAUUUCUUCAAAAAGGAUGAUGAAACUGGAAAGCAAACAUUAGUAAUUAAUAAUGUAAAUGAGGAAGAUUUUGGUACCUAUACAUGUGUUGCUACCAAUUCAAUUGGUACCGCUGAAAAUGUUGGAAAAAUUAAAUUUCCAAAAUAUGGUUUUGAAAAGAUGCGAGAGGAAGAAGUUAAACCAAUGUUUAUCGAACCAUUGGAAGCACAUACCGUUAAAGAAGGUGAAACGAUCAGUAUAAAAUGUCGAGUGAAUGAAAAUGCGAAAGCUAACAUUCAUUGGUACUUAGGUGAUAAGCUAAUUGAACCAAACGAACAUUUAAUUGUGGAAAAACUUGAUGAUGGUAUCAUAAAGUUAACAAUUGAAAAUGCUACCAAAGAAGAUGUUGGAAUGUAUCGAUGUGAAGCAAUCAAUAAAUCCGGAAAAGCAACAACUGCAGCGAAGCUUAAUUUUGCAACAGAAGAUAUGGAAGAAAUUGAAGAUGAAUCAGCUUUAAUUGGUUUUAUUCAGCCCUUAAGUGAUGUUAUCGCACCUGCUAAUUCCGCAACAGAAUUGCUAUGUGCUUUAAGUGCUACCAAAGGUGACGUUCAAAUACAAUGGUCCAAAGAUGGCUCAGAUGUAUUAGCACAACACGUUACCAUUGAGCAGCUUAUUGACGGUAUCCAAAAAUUAAAAAUUGCUAAAGUAACCGAAGAAGAUUGUGGAACUUAUCGAUGUACAGCUUCCAUUGGUGAUUCAUCUGCAUGGACCGAAGGAAAACUCAGUAUUUUAGAAACAGCGAAAAAGGCAGUACAAGAAGAAGGACCACCUGAGUUUACGGAACUUUUGAAAUCGUGCACGGUAACUGAAAAUGCUGAAAUUGUCCUUCAAUGCAAACUAAAAGGUUUACCGAGACCGACGAUAUCUUGGAUGAAAGAUGGGGUCAAGUUAGCUCAAAAUCACCGUAUGACCGCUGAGUACCAUGAAGAUGGUACCAUUGUACUGAAGAUCAAGAAUGCUAGAAAAGAGGAUAGUGGUGAAUAUCGAUGUGAUGCAGUUAAUACAUUUGGUACUGCAUGGACUGCUGGACCUGUACGAGUUGCAACCGAAUCAGAUUUGCAGCAAGAAGGCGAAGCACCUGAUUUCAUUGAACCAAUUAAACCUGUUAACGUUUCUGUUGGUGAAAUAGCAAUAUUGGAGGGUAAGGUCAAAGGACAACCAACACCAGAAAUUAAAUGGUUCAGCGGUGAAAAUAUUGUGAAGGAAAAUGCGAACAUUAAACUUGAAAAUCUUCCCGAUGGUACUCAAAGACUUAUAGUGAAAAAGGCAACUACUGAAGAUGCCGGAGAAUAUCGUUGUGUUGCAAGUAAUCAAUAUGGUGAUGUAUGGAGUGAUGCUACAUUAGCUGUUCAAGUUCCCGUAUCAGAGGAGGAAGGCGGAAUGGAAUAUACAGCGCCAACAUUCCUGAAAACGUUAGAAAGAAUCUGUGCUAAAGAAUCGGAACACGUUGUAUUGGAAUGUAAAAUUGUUGGUGAACCAAUGCCUGAAAUUAAAUGGUUCAAGGAUAAAAAAGAAAUCACCGCAAAUGAUGCGCAUUUCAAAAAUGAAACACUUCCGGAUGGUACCGCUCGGUUGAUUAUUGAUUCAGUCAAAAAGGAAGAUGGUGGUGAAUUCAGAUGUGAAGCACAGAAUACGCUCGGUACAGCACGUACCGAUGCAACGUUAAGUGUGCUGUAUGAUUUUGAAAUACCGGUUGUAAGUGAAAGUUCACCGGAAUUUGCGCAGGAAUUAAAAGCGGUAGAGGGUACGGAAGGAGAGCAGAUCUCUUUCGAAUGUCGAGUAGUUGGUAUUCCUGUGCCACAGGUAAAAUGGUUCAAAGAUGGUGAUGAGAUAAAACCUAAUGAGCAUAUUCGAAUUGAAAGUUUACCGGAUGGUACAAAUCGUUUGGUAAUUGAUUCAGUUAAUAUUGAAGAUCAGGGUAAUUAUCGAUGUGAAGCAACAAAUAAUGCCGGAUCGAUGAGUUCAAAAGCUCCACUAACUGUUAAUGAAUUGGAAACUCUAAAGUUGAAGAAAGGUUUGACAGAUACGAUAGUAGAAGUUGGAGCUAAAAUUCGAUUGUUUAUUGAAGUUGAAGGAAAACCGAAAACAGUUAAAUGGUUUCGUGGAAAGGAUGAAAUUAAACCAAACAAACGGAUCAAACAGGAAACAAUCAAGGAACAUGAAUACAGCUUAGAAAUUGAGGAAGCAGAAAGUUCAGAUGAAGGAACGUAUCGUGUAAUCUUAUCAACUGAUACCGAGACUGUCGAAUCAUGUUGUGCAGUAACUGUAUUCAAAAGUGAAGUAGCACCAGUCAUCCGAAAAGGUCUUCAAGAUAAGAGUGUACCAAAAGGAUCCAAACUUGUCCUUGAGAUUGAAUUGGACGGUACACCAAAACAAAUCAAAUGGCUAAAAAAUGGUAUACCUGUAGAUGAUAAAAUAAUGAAAGCUAAAGACCUUGGUAACGGAAAAUAUCAGCUGAUUAUAGAUGAAAUUAAGGAAAAUGAUGCGGGUGAAUAUACCGUACAAGUAUCUAACGAUUCCGGUCAAGUCGAAUCUAAAGCAAAUAUUACACUGUUAGCAGACAAACCAGAAAUAAUCAGCGGCUUAAAGCCAACAGUAGCUGAAAUUGGUGAGAAGGUAACAUUUGAAGUAGAAACCAAAGGUCCAAUUAAACAAGUCAAAUGGUACAAGAAUGGCGUGGAAGCAAAAAAUGUUGAGACGAAACAAGUUGGAGAUAAUAAAUAUCAAUUAAUUAUCGAUAAAGCAACCAAAAAUGAUGAAGCUGAUUACAAGGUUGUGUUAUCAAAUGAUGGAGGUGAUGCAGAGUCUUCAGCUAAACUAACCGUGAAACUACCAAAAAUUAAAUUUACUAAAAGUUUGGAGGAUCAAACACUUGACGCUGGUACCAAAGCUCUCCUAACUGUUGAAGUUAAUUUACCUCCAAAACAAGUUAAAUGGUACAAGAACGGAAAAGAAAUCACUGUAAGUGAUAAAGCUAAAUCGAGUAAACUCAAUGAUAGCACAUAUCAGUUGUUGAUACCGGAUACAGAUAAAGAUGAUACUGCUGAAUAUAAAAUUGUUGUUACCACAGAUGGUGAUGAUACGGCCGAUUCUUCUUGUGCAUUAACCGUGAAAUUACCAGCAUUAUUUAUCACGAAAGGUUUAGCGGAUCAAACUGUUAAUGCUGGUGAAAAAGUGUUACUUAAUGUUGAAGUUAACACACCACCGAAAUUGGUUAAAUGGUAUAAAAAUGGUAGAGAAAUUGGUUCAAAUGAUAAAGCAAAAGCGAAUAAAGUAAAUGAUAAGAAUUAUCAGCUUGAAAUAUCCAAUGCUACAGAAGAUGACGCCUUUGAUUAUAAGGUUAUACUUUCAAAUGAUGAAGGAAGUGUGGAAUCGAGUUGUAUGCUAACAGUUAAAAAACCAGCGGAGAAGCCUACAAUUAAGAAAGGAAUUGAGGAUCAGUUUAUUGCAGUUGAAAAACCUCUAGAAAUCGCAAUUGAGACAACAGGUAAACCAAAGGUCGUAAAAUGGUACAAAAAUGGACAAUUACUGUCAGCCGAAACAAACAAAACAGUCAAAGAAGAAAAGAUUGACGAAAAUAAUUAUGUUUUGAAAAUCGAGAAAUGCACCUUAAAUGAUAGUGGUACUUAUUCGGUUGAAGUACAGAAUGAAGCAGGUCAAGCUAAGAGCUCAGGAGAGAUAACCGUGGAGGAUAAGAUAAGCUUCCUAAAACCAUUGCAAGAUGUUGAAGUGGUAGAAGCUGAACAAGCAGUGCUUAUGGUCGAAACAAAUAUUCAUCCACGAAUUGUUAAAUGGUAUAAAAAUGGACAGGAAAUGAAGCCCAUAAGUGGACGAAUUGAAAUGAAAGAUAACACGACAAGAUUUCAGCUUAUCAUUAAGAAAGCUGAAAUUGCUGACGCAGCUGAUUACAAGGUUGUCUUAUCAAAUAGCGCCGGCGAUGCAAAUUCAUCUGCAAAAUUAACAGUUAAAAAGUCAAAAGGUCAACCAAAAAUUGUUAAAGGCUUAGAGGACCAGGUUAUUGCAAAAGGUGAUGAAUUGAUAUUGGAAAUCAAAGUGGAAGAAGAACCAACCGAAGUUCGAUGGCUCAAAAAUGACACUCCACUUCCGGAAAAUAUUGAAGCUAAAAUUGAAAAAAUUGAUGAACAAACGUAUCGCUUAACAAUUCCACAAGUUGAUAGUACGGAUGCAGGUGUGUAUAGUGUUGAAGUAAUUAACGAAGUUGGCAAAGUACAGAGUGCUGGUAGCGUAGAUGUUGACGUGAAGCCUGAAAUCACUAAAGGCCUGGAGGAUUGUGAAAUCAAUGAAGGUGAUGAGCAACUCUUCAUGGUUGAAACAAAUGUGCCUAUUCGGGAAGUUAAAUGGUAUAAGAAUGGACAGGAAAUAAAAUCUUCACCAAAGGUGAUCAUGAAGCAAAUUACUUCAAAGAAAUUUGAACUUAUACUUACUGAAGCAACGCUAGAAGAUACUGCCACCUAUAAGGUAACCUUAGGUAAUAAAGCUGGAACUUGUGAUUCAUCAGCUAGUUUGACUGUUUCAAAACCUGACGUGUUGAAAGUUCUUGACAGCCUAAAGGAUGUUGAAGUAAAUGAAGGUGAACCGAUCAAACUUUCUGUCAAAGUUGAGGGGCAGCCGAAAAUUGUCAAGUGGCUCAAAAAUGGUCAGGAACUUAAAUCAGAUGAUCGUGUGCAAAUUACAGAAAAUCCCGAAACUGGUGAAUAUACCUUAACAAUACUUGAAAGUUUGACAUCAGACGAUGCAGCAUAUCGUGUUGUACUCUCCAAUAGAUUUGGCGAAGUGCAAAACGGUUCCAUCACGCGCGUCAAACCAAAGAAAGCAGAACCAGUUACAAGUGUAGCAACUUUUGUUACACCACUAGAAGAUGUUGAUGUACCAGAAGGUGACAAUUUAACUUUGAAGUGUAUGGUAUCCGGUGAACCAAUGCCAGCACUUAAAUGGUACAAAGAUGGUAACGAAAUUACAAAAGGUGAUCGUGUUGUAAUGCGUAUGGGUAUGGAUGGUACCGCUACAUUACGUAUUCUGGAUAGUAAAAAGAAAGAUGCUGGUCGAUAUAGCGUUUCAGCAAUCAAUUCCGUUGGUGAAUCAAAAUCGGAAUGUAAUGUUCGGGUAUUAGAUGCUGAUGAAUUACCAUCAGCACCGAAAUUUGUUAUUCCACUUAAAGAUGUUGUAACAGAAAUUGGAACAAAAGCUGAAUUCAACAUUAAAGUCCGUGGUAUACCAAAUCCUACACUUCAUUGGUCAAUUGCUAACCAAAAUGUAGCAGAAUUGGAUGGUGUUAAAAUUGAAGAUAUGGGUGAUGGUAAUUGGACAAUGAUCAUCGAAAAUGUUACCGAAGAAUUUAUUGGUCGUAUUAAAUGCGUUGCAAUAAAUGAAAAUGGAAAGGCGGAAUGUGAAUCGCAACUAAUUCAGACAGAAUUAAAACCUGGAAAAGGAAAAAUUGAUGAGGGUUAUCCACCGAAAUUCAAUGUAUCACUCUGGGAUCGACGAAUACCGGAAGGACAAGUGACGACAAUUGAAUGUCACGUAGAUGCAAAACCAACUGCUGAUAUUGUUUGGACGAAGGAUGGUGCGACAUUGAUUGAAUCGGAUCGUAUCGAAAUUCGCAAUACACCCGAUGGAGCAUGUCGUGUACGCAUUAAUAAUUUUGGUAAAGAUGAUGUUGGCAUCUAUAAAUGUACUGCCUCAAAUACAUUUGGAGUUGCUGAUACCAGAUCAAAUCUUACUAUUCAAAUGAAAGAACAAGAAGAAGUGAUAGCAAAGAAACAAUUUCCACCACGUUUCAAUCCACCACUUGUGGAUAAAUUUGCGGAUAUUGAUGAAACGGUACGCUUAUCGUGUAAAGUGGAUGCAUCACCAAAAGCAAGUAUAACGUGGUAUAAAGAUGGAGUACCAUUAAGAAAUAAUGGACGUAUUAUUAUCGAGAAUGAUGAUGAUGGUAACUGUUUGCUGACAGUCAAUCAUAGUACGGAAUCUGAUGAUGGCGCUUAUCGUUGUGUUGCUAUCAAUGAUAUUGGUAGCUCUAAUUCAGCUUGUAUGGUAUCCAUUCGUAAAAUAAAAGAAGAAGUUAAAAAAGAAGGUGAAGAGCCAUUUUUCACCAAAGGUUUAGUGGAUAAAUGGUUAGAACGUGGUGAAAAGUUGAUCUUACAAUGUACCGUAAUUGGUGAUCCAAAACCAGAAAUUCGAUGGUAUCGUAAUGGAAUUUUGCUACGACCAAAUAAUAAAAUUAAUAUCGGAAAUACAUCGGAUGGUUUGUGCACAUUAACAAUCGAUGAAUGCGCAAUGAGUGAUGAAGGAAUUUAUCGUUGUGAUGCUGAAAAUUGUAAUGGAAAAGCACGAACACAAUCAACUGUUCACAUUGAGAGACCAAUUGAAAAAUUGGAAAAGAAGAUUGUAGAAGGUCAAGCUCCACGAUUUAUCAUUCCUCUUCAAGAUAUAACUGUUUAUGUUGGCUCCACAAUUGAUUUGGAAUGUAAAGUAACUGGUGAUCCGAUGCCAACAGCUAAAUGGUCCAAAGAUGGUAUGAUACUUCGCGAUGAUUCACGCUAUCAAUGGGAAAUAGAUGCUGCAGCUGGUACUUAUCGGUUGAAGAUUAACGAUGCAAAUGUAAAUGACGAAGGCGCAUAUCGAUGUGUUGCAACGAAUGCUGCUGGUUCAGCUACCACGAAAUCAUUCGUCAGGAUUGAUGAUGGAAGUUUCAUUCAAAAGCCAUCUUCCAAUGAACCACCACGUUUUACCAUUACUUUGGGUGAUGCACGUGCCAUUGAAGGUCAACCAUUGAAAUUGGAGUGCAAAAUAGAAGGUACUCCUUUGACCGAUCUUGUUUGGUAUAAAGACGGUGAACGUGUGAUUCCCGAUGAUAGAAUCAAGAUUGAAUGUGAUUCAGAUGGACGAGCGCGUUUAUAUCGUGUAAUUGCAACUAAUCCAUUUGGUUCAGCACAUAGUAAAGCUACUGCAACAGUAAAGAAAAUACUCGAAGAUGCAACCAAUGGUUUUAUGGACGGCGAGAAAUUCGAUGCAUAUCGUGCUCCACGUGUUAUUGUACCACUUGAGAAUAUCAAAGUUAUGGAAGAUAACAGCUUUACGUUACGAUGCAAAUUUAGCGGUGAUCCACGUCCAAAAAUUAAAUGGUUCAGGAACGGUGAACGUAUUUACUCCUAUAAUCAUUGUAUUUUAACCGAAACCGAAGAUGGUGAUUGUGAAUUGACCGUCAAAAAUGCUAAUCGAUUUGAUGGCGGUUGUUAUCGAUGUGUUGCCGAGAAUAUUUAUGGUUCCGAUAGAACAAUAUGUGAAGUCGCUGUACAAUUGAAAGAAAAGAAACCACAACGUAAUUUCGAGGAUGAAAUUCGCGAAGGUAAUGCGCCAGGUUUCUCAGUGCCACUUACCAUGAAACGUGCCAAAGCAGGUGAUACUGUCAUCCUGGAAUGUGUCCCUUACGGGAAACCUUUUCCAGAAAUCAAAUGGCUCAAAGAUGGCAUUGAAAUUGAAGUUAACGAUAAGAUUACGAUUGAAAGUUUAGAUGAUAAAACACAACGUAUAAUUUUGAAAGAUGUUGAUUUCUUUGCGGAAGGAUUUUAUCGAUGUGUAGCAACGAAUGAGUACGGUACUGCCUCUACCAAAGGAGAGAUUGUACUUGAAGGUGAUCGAACAAUACCAGCAAAGAAAAUCGAAACACUUAUUAAUGAAGAACCGAUAGAAAGUAAACCACGUAUUCGUCGUGGUUUAUAUGAUAUGAGUGUACAUCAGGGAAAUACUAUCGAAAUGCAAGUAUGCACGUCAGGUUGGCCAACUCCAACUGUGAAAUGGUUUAAAAAUGGUCAAGAAUUAAAAUCCAGUGGACCAGAUGGUCCAGUGGUAGUAUGGACCGAUGAACGUGGCAUACAUCAUUGUGUAAUUCUCAAUGCUUCAUUAAAAGAUGAAGCAGAAUAUGCUUUAGAAGCUACCAAUAAACUUGGCACAGCACAAACUGAAGGAGCUAUUACAAUCAUUAAGCCAAGAGAAGUACCAGGCUAUGAAGAUGAUCGAGAUCGAGGUGGUUUGCCAUAUCCUCCGGGAUUUAUUCGUCAACUCAAAAAUAAGCAUGUCUUCUCACAUAUGCCUACAAUAUUUGAUUGCCUUGUAAUCGGUUAUCCACCACCCGAAGUUGAAUGGUUCCAUAACGGGAAAAGGAUAACACCUGGUGGUCGGAUACGUAUUCAGUCUUGUGGUGGCGGAUCACACGCCCUUAUUAUUAUGGAUACACUUCCCGAAGAUGCAGGCGAAUAUGUAGCAAUUGCUCGGAACUCUCAAGGACAAGCUUCAAGUAGUGCGGUAUUGGAUGUAACUGUACCCCUUCUGGAUUCUAUUAAAUUUGAUGGUUCGGUGGAUGUUACACCUUAUCUAACAGAAGAAUAUGGUUUCAAGAAAAUUCCACACUAUUACAUCCCAACACCACCAGAUCGUGGUCCAUUUAUUAAAGAAGUUACUGGACAUUAUUUGACACUUUCAUGGAUUCCAACCAAGAGAGCACCGCCACGAUAUCCUCAAGUGACAUACGUUAUUGAAAUACGUGAACUGCCUGAAAAAGAUUGGGUGCUGCUUGAUUAUAACAUUCCGGAGCCUGUAUGCAAGGUUCGAAAUCUGGAACUUGGUAAAAGUUAUCAGUUUCGAGUACGUGCGGAGAAUAUUUACGGAAUCAGUGACCCAUCACCUGCUUCACCACCAUCUCGACUGAUGGCACCCCCGCAACCGGUACUUGAUAAGAACAAACGAGUUAUCCCGCUGCUUGAUCCGUAUGCUGAACGAGCUCUUGAUCAGGCUCAUGCUGAACAAUAUGGUAUUGCUGCAUGCGCUCCAUGGUUUGCUCCUGGUGUUGAAGAAAAACGAUUCUGCGCAGAAAAUGAUAUGCUAUCAAUAACACUAUAUGUAUCCGGUUACCCUGAUCCAAAUAUUGUUUGGAAAUUCCGUAAUGUGGAUCUCGAUAUGGGACCUACAUCAAGAAUUCGUGUGCUAAAUCAUGCUGGCAUGGAAACAACACUUAUAAUAAGUGGAUUUAGUAGGGAAAAUGUUGGACAGUAUCAGUGUAUUGCAACAAAUCAGUACGGUGAAGCCCAGCAAAAUAUUUUAGUUGAUCUCGGUGCACGACCAAGGUUUAUCCAGUCUUUGGUUAAUAAAGUGAUACCCAGUGGUAAACCACUUAGGUUAGAUGUACGUGUUGAAGGAUGUCCAUUUCCGGAACUCAAAUGGAUGAAGGAUUGGAGACCAAUUGUAGAAUCAUCCCAUGUUAGUUUUGUACGUGAAGGUUCUUUAUGUUCGUUGAUUAUCAAUGAUCCAUUUUGGUGCGAUUGUGGAAUUUAUUCUGUGGCAGCUAUAAAUGACGCUGGCACAACAACAACGUCAUGUUCAGUAACAAUCGAAGCCGAUGGAGACUUCAGCGUGAUGCAUGACAUUCGAAAGAAAAAAGCUCGAAUGACGCUUGAAGCUCGUAAAGUUCGAGAAAUUUAUGAAAUCGAUGAAAACGAUGAAAAAGCUGCAGCCGCUGGGGCACCAUUUCAUGUCACCGAAAUUGCCACUCAAAAACGUUUCUUGGCCCAGUUACGUGCACUAGACGAAAAUUUAGCUCGUAAUAUUGAAGUACAAAAUAGUUUGGAUCAUCCGAAUAUCAUACAACUUCAUCAGGCAAUAAUGGAUCAGGGCAUUGCUGUUCUCAUCUAUGAAAAGUAA